CAUCAGUUAAUAAUCGAUCGCGAACCUAGACACAUCGUGAAAAUACAUUCGUCGGGGAACGUUUGUACUAUUUCAGAAAUAUGUUCACAAAACAUAUAAAGAUCGCGCAAUUAUUGCUUUUGUACUGUGUCGUCGUACAAAGUUAUGUCAUACCUGAAAAUAGAUCGCUGACCAAAGAUGGUAAUUCCUUUCAAGAUUUGUAUAAUAUUAAUGAGGAAACCGAGAGAUUCAGGAUUACAUUCGGGAUCAAUCUAUAUUCCUUCUUCUGGUUAUCAUAUAAGUGGAGCAGUUCUAUAUCCUAUUCAAACAACAGAGAAAGAUCUUUUAAUGAGUAUCCGCUGAAAGAUCAAUAUUCAGUGCCCGUAGAAAAAAGAGACAUAGACAAAAGAAUAGGAGAUCAAAUGACCCCCACCAAAAUUAUAGAGCACAUUGAGUUAAUCACAUCCCAGUUAAAGGAAUUUAAUAAAAUUUUAAUGAUAAAGAAUGCUACUAAAUCCUCCCAAAACUUGACCAAAGAUACCGAGACACAUCUAUUACGGUUCGUAAUAAUGGUAUAUCAAUGGAUCUCCGAUGUAAUGGUCCAAAAUAUUCUCGGCAAAUUAUACCACAAGCAUCUCUUAGAGCUUCGAGAGAAAUGUAUGCCGAACCCUGAGGGCUACACACACGGUCAAAUAAUAAAUCCUUCCGAUAUUAUAAACGAGAUCAGAACGAUCCAUGACAAGUUACGUGAAGAAUCAAAGGAUUUAUUCGAGAAAACGGAAUUAUCAAGAAUGACCAGCGCUCUCCUUCUUGCUAUUAAUUCGAUCGUAUCUGAUUUAAAUGAGAGACUAAAAUCUGAGGAUGCUGUAAUAUCGUUAAAUCUCAAUAUCAACCUAUGCGAGUUUCAAUUUGUUGCAUAUCAAUGGGCCCUUCGUAUACGUUACCCGAAUAUUUACAAGAAUCCUGUCGAUAAGAACUCCCAGCCUCCAUUGGAAGGUCAAUCUUCAUCGCCAAUGGAAAAAAAUUACAACGGACCGACAGAUAAGAAUAAUACCGCAGAUGUUUUGGAGCAUGAGAAUAAGUCAUCGACCGAAGGCAUCGAUGUUUCUACUGAAAGUGUAUACAAAUCCAAACAAAUCAUACGUUACACAUUAGAAAUGCAGCUAUUCAUUUUCUCACAGAUAACACAAGAGUGGUUUUCUUAUGGUUUUCUAUUUAUGCACGGUACCCUUGAAGGAAGAUCUUUUAAUGAUUUUCAGCUUCCACUGGAUGAUCAGCCUUUCUCAUUGCCCUUGAAAGAGAGCGGCUAUGAACUGGAAGAUGAUGAGGAAAUAACCAUCAAGGACUUCAUGGACAACGUUAAAUUGACUAAACGUCUAGUAAACGAAAACUUAAAAGCAUCCGAGAAAAUUACAAUAGGCACAGAUAAGAAUUUCUUUAAAAAAUUAGAGAAUCGCACACAUAUCAAAAGAUCCACCUUUGAAAAAGAGAACAGAAUCAAGCACUUAGAAUCCCUUCGAGUAAAGUACAUAUUGACGAUAUAUCGGUGGAUUUCUAAUAUAAUAAUUUUCAAUACCAUUGGCGGAACGUCUUUCAGUGACUUCUUUCCACAUCUACAAGAUUGUCAAUCUAUGUUUCCUAUGAAAAAGAUGCAGGAGCAACUACAUGAAUUUGAGAUAAUAAGUAAGGAAAUUAUACAUCUCACCAAGUUGCUCCAGACUGCCUCUAAAAUUUGAGGAAACUUAUACAACGCAUACUGGCGA